UUGAACAGAAAGAAAAAAAUAAAGGAAAAAGAUUAGAAUGUGCUGUAUAUGGUGGAUAUUGCAGCAACCAAAGACAGACCUUCCAUGCUCAAAGAUGAGAGAGACAGCCAGAGGUUGAGAGAGAGAAAGAGAGAGAGAGAGAGAGAGAGAGAUGGUGUAUGGGUUUAAGAGAGGGUUUAGGUCUACCAACUGGUAGUUAGAGAUAGAGCUCCUUAACCAAACACUUGUAUCACCAGCAAAGAAGUUAGAGUAAGCUCAAGGAGAAGAAGAAGAAGAAGAAGAAGAAGUAGAGGAAGAAGAAGAAGAAGAAGCAAUAGCAACAAGCCAACAAGUCAAGUAAACAACCACCAAACUCUUACAAGAAAAAAAGAAAAAGAGAAGAAAAGAAAAAAAAGCAAACUCCAAAAAGAGAAAAAUUCUAUUUUAGAAAAAGGAGACAGAGAUAGAGAUAGAAAGAGAAAGUUAUCAUUCUUUUGAGUUUCUCACAGAAACUUUUAGAGAGAUAGAGAGAGGUUUGUAUUGUAUAUGUGUGAGUCUCACGUGGGGAUUGAUGGAGAAUCGUAGAUGGGAGAAUAUAUGAUUAGAAAAAAAAGAGCUUUAAAGUGAAAAAAAAAAAAAAAUUCAUAGCUCUUUUGAAUUAUCAUCUUUCUUUUUAUAUUUUCCUCAAAGAACAGUUUUUUCUUUUCUGGGUCUCCUUUAUUUUACCUUAACUGUUAGUUCUGUUAUUGUUGCUGUUGUUGUUGUAUUAUAUGUAUGUACGAAAAAUUUGGAUGAAAAGUGAGGCUCUGUGUUUUUGUAUCUGAGAAGUCUUGGGAUCGGAAAGUGUUUAGUUUGGAGAGGAUUGUGUUCCUGCGGAUCGGUUGGUGUCUCCAAGCUUUGCUGUUCCCCACAACUCCCACAACUGCUACGGGUUUCCAGAUCCCCAGUGACCAUGUAAUUGAAAUCAAAUAAGCAAGUGGGAAAGUUUUGAGAUUUGUAAAAUAUGGCGACUUUUUACACUAGUUCAAAUAAUCAAAGAGAUUCUGCACCAAUGCUUUAUUUAAGGGAACAUUUGCCUAGUUCAUAUGCAGAAGCACCAGUUAUUCCUGGUAAUAUGAUGAUGUAUAUGAACUCUGGGCCAUAUUCAGAUGCUUUGGCCGGGAAUUCUCAGCAGCAAAACAAUUGCAUGGAAAUUCCAUCAUUGGGUGCUUCAAAUUCCACCCCGCAGCAGCAAGAAAUCAUGUCAAAUCUUGGUGGGUCGCACAUUGCAGAACAUGAUUUCAAUGCAUGGAGGGAGGCUAGAAAUGAGAUGCUAGUUACACACCCAAUGGGAGGUGCUGCUAGCAUUCUUCAUAGUGGACAAAACUUGCAGGGUCAGGGAUUAUCCCUCAGCCUUGGUACACAAAUGCCAUCAGGAAUUCAAAUGUCAUCUAUCCCAUACCGGAAUCCUAAUCCAGGAUUUGCUUCAUUCUUGAGUCCUAAUUCAUCAAUUUCAGGUGAUAGUGCUGACAGGAAUGGCUCUUCUAGAGAUGAGCAAUUGAGAAAUGCUGAAUACUUGCCACCUGGUUUCCCUGGAGGCAAUCAAGAUUUAAAUAAAGGGGAUUCAUCUCCAUAUGGGAUGCCAAGCAUAGUGAGAAACGUUCCCAAUUCCAAAUAUCUCAAGGUAGCACAACAACUGCUUGAUGAAGUAGUUAAUGUCCGCAAAGCUCUAAAGCAGGCUGAUAUGAAAAAUGAAAGCACACAUGAAAAGAAUUCCAAGGAGAGUGAUGGGGGAUCAAAAAAUGAAAAUGCGUUGCCACCAAGUGGAGUGUCUUCAAACCCUCAAGAAUCAGCUGGGAACACUCCGUGUGAGCUUUCUCAUGCUGAAAAACAAGAUUUGCAGAACAAAUUGACAAAAUUAUUGUCCAUGUCAGAUGAGGUUGAUAGAAGGUACAAACAGUAUUAUCAUCAGAUGCAGAUUGUGGUGUCAUCAUUUGAUGUGAUUGCAGGAUGUGGGGCAGCUAAACCAUAUACAGCACUUGCCCUCCAGACUAUCUCCCGCCACUUUAGGUGCUUGCGUGACGCAAUCACUGGCCAAAUACGAGCAACUCGUAAAAGCCUUGGGGAGCAAGAUACUUCUGGAAGCAGUAGAGGAGUUGGAAUAACUCGCCUCCGAUAUGUGGACCAGCACCUCAAGCAACAAAGGGCUCUUCAGCAGCUUGGUAUGAUGCAGCAACAUGCAUGGAGGCCACAAAGGGGACUGCCUGAAAGUUCCGUUUCAAUUCUUCGUGCUUGGCUGUUUGAGCAUUUCCUUCAUCCAUAUCCAAAGGAUUCUGAUAAGAUCAUGCUAGCAAGGCAGACAGGCUUGACUAGAAGUCAGGUCUCGAACUGGUUUAUAAAUGCACGUGUGCGUCUCUGGAAGCCCAUGGUAGAGGAGAUGUACAAAGAAGAGACUGGAGAUAUGGAGAUGGACUCUAAUUCUUCAUCAGAAAAUGCAGUCAAGGCAACAAAAGGUGAUAACAGGACUUCAGAGGAAAGAGGGGAAGAUUUGCAACAAAGUGCAAGUUCAACAGCCACUGAGAGAUGUAGCACUGGUCAACUCAUGGACUCCAAAUCCAAUCAUGUUCCUGAUGUAGAAAUGGCAGGGUCCAGUGUAGUCAAUUUCCAUAAUGGGAGUCGUGGAGAAGCUGAAAAUGAAUAUGGGUUAGUGAAGCGAAGGGAGGAGCAAAGGCCUAAUGUGGAUGACUGUAGUCUCUUCCCUGAUGCAAUGAUGCAGUCUGAUGCAGCCAGUGAAAGGUUCAUGGCAGCUGCAUAUCACAUGUCUGAGUUGGGGAGGUUCGGGAGUGGAAGUGGAGUGUCUCUCACAUUGGGGUUGCAGCACUGUGAGGAUGGCAGCCUCCCCAUGUCUAGUGGGAACCAUCACAGUUUCAUGUCGAUGAGAGGGGAUGAAAUUUACAGUGCUGCAGCAUCAUCUGUAGGGCCUGAAACCGCUGAUUUUGAAUGCAUGAAUCCUGGUAACCAGCAACACAGGUUUAGUUCUUCCCAUCUAUUACAUGAUUUUGUAGUGUGAAAAAUAUUGAUUGCGAUUUUUGAACUAUUAUUGCAUGCAAGAGGAACAGCAAUUGCCAGGUUUUAGGAUGUUCCUUCGAGAACAUUAGUCCUACUUGGAAAUUGUAAUAGAAAGAUUGCAGUCCUCCAAAUAUGGAGACAUAUAGACACGGUUGUAAUAUAUCAAUGAAUUGAUUGGAAGAUUAGUAUAUUUGUAAAGAUACAUAUUUUUUGUUUGAUAUUUGGAAGGAAAAAUUGUACAA